ACUUUAGAAUUCCAAAAUAGCUUUCCACCACUAAUAGACUAAAUCCGGAAACAAUGCUUUACCCACACCAAUAUUCCAGGACUUUCAAACCCCCUAAAAAUGGCAUCAAAGAAAAGUCAAGUGGUGGAUAAUGCCAAGUGAAACCCAUAUAUAUUGCCAUGCUGUUUAACAAAGUGACAGCAACACAUCCAUUCACCAUUCUAUAUAAAGAAGAGUCAGAGCAAACUGAAGAGAUCAAAAUCAUUUAUAUAAGGAAAAGCAGAGAAAAGUGUUCAUAGUUCAUACACACUACUUGCCUCUUUUCACUGUAGAAUCAUCUAGUUUAGUGAAACAAUAUGGCUGGAGGAGCUUUUGUUUCUAGUGGUGAGGGUGCCAACCAUGAGGGUCAGGUCACUGUGUUUGUGAUCAUUUCUUGUAUGGUUGCUGCCAUGGGUGGUCUCAUUUUUGGAUAUGACAUUGGAAUCUCAGGAGGGGUGACUUCGAUGGAGGAGUUCUUGACAAAGUUUUUCCCAUCAGUGUAUAGAAAAGAGAUUUCAGAUGGUGCCAGUCAAAACCAGUACUGCAAAUUUGAUAGUCAGAUGCUCCAGUUGUUCACCUCUUCCUUGUACCUGGCAGCACUUGUUGCUUCUUUCCUUGCUUCUGUAAUAACCAGGAUGUUUGGUCGAAAAAUAUCGAUGUUUAUCGGAGGGGUUGUCUUCCUUGUGGGUGCUAUUCUCAAUGGUGCCGCUACUAAUCUCGCAAUGCUGAUCAUUGGCCGCGUAUUGUUGGGUGUAGGCGUUGGUUUCGCGAAUCAGUCAGUACCCGUUUAUCUAUCUGAAAUGGCACCAGCGAAGAUCAGAGGAGCUCUGAACAUUGGCUUUCAGAUGGCAAUUACAAUUGGCAUACUAGUCGCUAACCUUGUGAAUUACGGCACAUCAAAGAUGAAGGGAGGAAAUGGGUGGAGGAUUUCCUUAGGUCUUGCGGCAGUACCUGCAAUAAUGAUGAGUGUUGGAUCUCUCUUCCUACCCGACACACCGAAUUCCCUGAUUGAGAGAGGCCAAACUGACAAGGCAAAGAAGAUGUUACAAAAGAUUAGAGGCACUGACGCUGUGGACCAGGAGUUCCAAGAUCUUAUCGAAGCAAGUGAUGCAGCGAAGCAAGUUGAACAUCCCUGGAGAAAUAUCAUGGAGCCAAGAUACAGACCUCAACUUGUCAUUACUUGCUGCAUCCCAUUCUUUCAGCAGCUAACUGGCAUCAACGUGAUUAUGUUUUAUGCUCCAGUUCUCUUCAAGACCUUGGGAUUUGGUGAUGAUGCUUCUCUCAUGUCUGCGGUUAUUACAGGCCUUGUUAAUGUCCUAGCCACAAUAGUUUCUGUUGUCUGCGUCGAUAGGUUUGGUAGACGGGCCCUGUUGCUUGAAGGAGGCACACAGAUGUUUGUUUGCCAGAUUGCUGUUGGAGUUGUGCUAGGCUUGACGUUUGGGACCAGCGGUCAAGGUUCAUUGCCGAAAGGUGCUGCAGAUUUUGUGUUGUUCUUGAUAUGUGCAUAUGUUGCAGCAUUUGCAUGGUCUUGGGGUCCAUUAGGGUGGUUGAUACCCAGUGAAAUAUCACCUCUAGAGAUCCGAUCAGCGGGGCAAGCAAUCAAUGUCUCAGUGAACAUGUUUUUCACCUUCGUAAUAGCUCAAGCUUUCCUCUCCAUGCUUUGCCACAUGAAGUUUGGUCUCUUCUUUUUCUUUGCUGCAUUUGUGCUAAUAAUGACCAUCUUCGUCUAUAGCCUCUUGCCUGAGACCAGAAUGGUCCCCAUUGAAGAGAUGAAUGGUGUAUGGAAAUCACAUUGGUUCUGGGGCAAGUACAUUCCAGAUGAUGCUCCAGGUACAAGCCACAGCGCCCCGCUUCCUCCAGGCAAGCAGGUUUGAAUAAGCAGAUAAGCAAGUUCUGAAUAAAAGGCAACACAGCCGAGGUUUAGAUUGCGAAAUCUCAUAAAGGCACAAGAGAAGACAUGAAGAGCAAAAUGAAGGAUAUAUAUAGCACUUAAGCCAUGCUUGGUGAUUUAUAUCUAAGAAAAAUGUAAUCUAAGCUGACAAUUUUGAUUUGUUUGAUUACUUUCUUCACCAUUACUCUGUAACUUGUUCCUUUUCUUUGAACUUGAAGAAUGAAGCACUUGCUGUUACCCUCUUCAAUCAUCUGUUCCAAGCACACCAACAACCAUCAAAGCCUUAAACAUACCAAACUCAGUCCUCUCAACUAUGGCUUUCACUACAAAACCA